ACAAGCUCAUCAGUGAGAGCUUUAAUCCACUCUGUUACAUAAAGUGGACAUCCAAGCCCGCGUCACGCAGACAAACUGAUUCUGCGCUCCUCAUGUUCUGUUCGUGGGCUCUUAAAUUCCUGCCUGCUGCCCCAGCAGCUAUGGUUGUCCUGGUGGACCUGCUGCUGAUGCUCUUGGACCUGUCCUACUCCAUCCUGUGCGCCGUCCUCCAGACCCUGCUCCCGCCCAGGCUGAAGUCCGUAGAGGGGGAGCUGUGUCUGAUCACAGGGGCCGGGGGCGCGCUGGGGCGCCUCUUUGCGCUGGAGUUUGCCAAAGAGGGGGCGCAGCUCGUGCUGUGGGACUGCGACACGGCCGCCAACGAGCACACCGCUCGACUCGCACGGGACCUGGGCGUGAAGGUUCACGCGUACACAGUGGAUCUGUCCAAGCGCGAGCACAUUUACGAGGCCGCGGACAGGGUGAGGGCAGAGGUGGGGGAUGUGACCAUGGUGGUUAACAACGCGGGGGUGGUGGCCGGACGGAGGCUGCUGGACUGUCCAGACGAGCUGCUGGAGAGGACUCUGCUGGUGAACUGCCACGCGCUGUUCUGGAUGACCAAAGCUUUCCUGCCUCAGAUGAAAGCAAGAAACCACGGCCACAUCGUGACCAUUGCCAGCGCUCUGGGGCUGUUCACCACGUCCUGUGUGGAGGAUUAUUGUGCAUCUAAGUUUGGUGCUGUUGGAUUCCACGAGUCCCUGGCGCUUGAGCUGCAAGCAGAGAACCAGGGGGGCAUCAAAACCACCUUAGUGUGUCCUUAUAUUGUAAACAACGGGAUGUUUGCAGGCUGUGAAAUCAGAAAAGAGCUUCGGAGUCUCAUCCCUCCAUUGGAGCCUCUCUACACCGUCCAGGAAUCCAUGAAGGCCAUUUUAGGGGAACAGCAGAUGGUUUGCAUUCCUCGCCUCAUAUACAUCCCCUUCCUCGCAAGAGUACUGCUGCCAUGGGAGGCAAACCUGGCAACAUAUCGCUUCAUGGGAGGAGACAAGUGCAUGCUGCCGUUCAUCAACAGGACAGAGACCAAAGUGACCUGAAUUCAGCCUAAGAAGCAACGUAAGCUAUCGGAGGAAGGUUGUGUGCAUUUCAGAAUAAAAGGCAUCUCAAGGAAAA